AUGGGUGUACUAUUUGGCAAAAAUAAGAAAGAACAAGUGGAGCCUGUGAGGGCCAAAGUGACAGGCAAGAUUCCAACUUGGAUACGGGGAACACUGCUUCGAAAUGGGCCUGGGAUGCACACUGUGGGAGAGACCAGCUACAACCAUUGGUUUGAUGGCCUCGCCUUGCUCCACAGCUUCACAAUUAGAGAUGGCGAAGUCUAUUACAGGAGCAGAUACCUGAGAAGUGACACCUACAAUGCCAAUAUGGAGGCAAACAGGAUUGUGGUAUCAGAGUUUGGAACAAUGGCCUAUCCAGACCCCAGCAAAAACAUAUUUUCCAAAGCUUUUACCUACUUGUCCCAGACCAUCCCAGAAUUCACAGACAACUGCCUGAUUAACUUCAUGAAGUGUGGAGAAGACUUCUAUGCGAUCACGGAGACCAAUUUCAUCAGGAAAAUCAACCCACAGACUCUGGAAACUCUGGAAAAGGUUGAUUAUCAUAAAUAUGUGACUAUACAUCUGGCAACAGCACAUCCUCAUUAUGAUUCGGCUGGAAAUGUUCUCAACAUAGGCAUAUCCAUUGUGGACAAGGGAAAGACAAAAUAUGUGAUCUUUAAGAUCCCCGCCAAAGUACCAGACAGGACGAAGAGGACGAACCCCCUGCAGCACACGGAGGUCAUCUGCUCCAUCCCCUCCCGCUCCCUCUUCUCCCCAAGCUACUGCCACAGCUUCGGUGUCACUGAGAACUACAUCAUUUUUCUUGAGCAGCCCUUCAAGCUGGAUAUUCUCAAGAUGGCAACUGCGUACAUCCGGGGAGUGAGCUGGGCUUCUUGCCUGGCUUUCCACGGGGAGGACAAGACUUACAUUAACAUUGUCAACCAAAGAACUGGGAAGCCUGUGUCCAUCAAAUUUUACACGGACCCUAUGGUGGUCUUUCAUCAUGUCAACGCCUACGAAGAGGACGGCUGCCUUCUGUUUGACGUCAUAGCCUAUGAGGACAAUAGCCUGUACCAGUGGUUCUACUUGACCAACCUGAAAGAAGGCUUAGAAGGGAACACCAAGAUCAUCCCUUUCCCCACCCUCAAGAGGUUUGCUGUGCCCCUCUACAUGGACAAGAAUGCGGAAGUGGGCUCAAAUUUAAUCAAACUGUCAACUACAACAGCAAGAGCCCUGAAGGAGAAAGAUGACCAAGUCUACUGCGAACCAGAGUUUCUCUAUGAAGGCUUAGAACUGCCUCAGAUCAAUUACGCUCACAACGGGAAGCCAUAUCGGUAUAUCUUUGGUUUUGACGUUCAAAGGACUCCCAACUCAAACAAGAUAAUAAAAUAUGACAUCCUCACAAAGUCAUCCUUAAGAUGGGGAGAGGAGCACUGCUGGCCAUCGGAAUCCGUGUUUCUGGCCACACCAGAUGCCAAAGAGGAGGAUGACGGAAUUCUCCUAAUGACCAUGGUCUCUUCUGAUCCCCAAAAGCUGCCUUUUCUGCUUAUUUUGGAUGCCAAAAAUUUGGCAGAACUAGCUCGCGCAUAUGUUGAUGUGGACAUGCACCUGGAUCUCCACGGGUUAUUCAUCCCGGACACAGACUGGGACCCAAGGAAGCAGGCCCCACCCAAAGAAGUCCAGGACAGGGCUUCAGACUGCCCCAUGGCCUCGCAGACAGGACAGGCGUGA